AUGUCCGUUCGGCAGGCGGCGGUGGGCUCCUUGCUCGCCUUCCCCUACGAACCGUGGACGCUUUCCUGUGGCAUGGUUGUUGAGAUUCUAGACGGCGCCUCUGAUCUCAGAAGUCGGACCGCCCAAACAGCGGUCAGCGCCGAUGGCACACAAACCGCGUUCCUGAAGCUCUACGAUUGGCGAUACGCAACACAGCUCCGUGACGACAAAGAAAUGGGUCCAUGGGCGCAAGUGUGUGCCGCAGCAGGACGAGAGCCAUUUUCGAGUCGAGACGGAGGACGGCUGGGACGCCGGCCAAAACGAGGCUUUCUGGCCUACCAAUCGCGGGCCAUGUAUCGCUCCGAAACGAGCGUCUACGGACGGCUCGAGGAAAACUGCAGGGGAGAGCCUUUGGCGUCCCGUCUCGUCGCGGCCGUUGAGUUGGACAUGGCACCCCCGGAGCUCGAGGAUCACUGCCGGGAACACUUCCAAGUCAAGGGGAUCCUGCUGGAAUACAUCGCCAAUGGCUUUGGCUUUACCCUGUCAGAGCUCAGCUUUCGCGCACCGCCAGAGAGCUGGCAGGUCGUCGUCGAACAAGCCGUGAAGAUCGCGCGGGCGCUGGGAGACUACGGCGUGCUAAACAAGGACGUACGACCCAACAACUUCAUGGUAAGACCUCGGCGCGGGAGCCACGGUGGCGACGCGGAUGGUGGGCCGUCAGGAGAGUACCGUGUCUUCGUGAUCGAUUUCGGCCAGAGCCGGCUCCACCGCGACGACGAGUCUGACCUUGACUGGGGGCGCGCAAAGUGGCGGCAAGACGAGGAAGGCGCGGUUGGGCUGGUCAUGCAGAACCGGCUGCGGAUGCUAGGCAAGGAAAUCAUGUACACCCCAUCGCAACGCUAUCGCGUGUUCGCCGAAAGGGAGAACGAUGAAUGA